AUGAUUAAACCAACCACAUUUGUACAGGCAGUGGAGAUGGCAAGGGUGGCCAAGGAGAACAACGCUAGAGAAACUUGUGACAGAAGAGAGAUGAAGAGAAGGUGGGAAAGAACAAGCAAGUUCAACAAGAAGCCCAACUGGGCUCCGACUCUGUUAAAAACACAAAGUGAAGAAUUCACUAUUCCUUCGUGUAACAAAUGCAACAAGAGGCAUAAGGGAGAGUGCAGAGCGGGGAGCCUGACAUGCUACAAAUGUGACAAACCAGGACACACUGCGCGAGAGUGCCCAGAGAGGAGAACUUGUUAUGAAUGUGGAGCUACAGGACACCUACGACCUGACUGCCCAAAACGUCAGAAUGGUGCGACACCUUACGUGAAGACAGUAAAUAACGGGUUUGGAAAGAGAUCGGAAAGUAGGAAGGAAUUACCUAAGGGUCACGGCUGA